ACACCUCUAAACAUGAAACACCCGUGAAUAGCCUCCUCAUUCAAUACGCUGCAGAACCCCAACAUUCCAACUUCCAAACUUCAGAGAAUCCAUCCAUCUUCAAUCUUCAAUCUUCAAUCCUCAAUCUUCAAUAAAACAGAGAGUAAAAUGAAGAGCAUUCCAGUAAUAUUAAUGGGAUGCGGAGGUGUUGGCAGACAACUUCUUCAACACAUUGUAUCUUGCAGAGUCAUCCAUGCACAAAAUCAUGGAGUAAGAUUGAGAGUGGUUGGUGUUGCUGACAGCAAAUCUUUGCUUUCUGUACCUGAUAUUUUCACUACUGAGCUUGAUGAUCAUUCAAUCAAUCAAAUUUGUCAACUUAAAUCUGAUGGCUUUUCUCUUUCUUCUCUCUCAUCUCUUGGUGACUACCAAGUAUUUUCCAAUUCUGAGACUAUUGCUAAUAUUACUGAGAUUGCAAAGCAUUUGGUUCGAUCCACAGGAUUAGUUGUUGUAGAUUGCUCUGCUACUUCAGACACUAUUGGUAUAUUACAGCAAGUGGUUGGUUUGGGUGGGUGCAUUGUACUGGCAAAUAAGAAGCCUCUGACAUCUUCACUGGAGGAUUAUGAUAAGUUGGUGUUACACCCACGUCGUCUUCGACACGAAUCAACUGUUGGUGCUGGUCUUCCAGUCAUAGUGUCCAUUAACCGCUUGAUUUCAUCUGGGGACACCAUCGAUCGUAUUGUAGGCAGCUUGAGUGGUACAUUGGGGUAUGUUAUGAGUGAAUUAGAAGAUGGGAAACCACUUAGCGAAGUCGUGAGAACUGCGAAAACACUUGGUUACACUGAACCAGAUCCUCGUGAUGACUUGGGUGGAAUGGAUGUUGCAAGAAAGGCUUUAAUUAUCGCACGACUUCUCGGACAACGAAUUGAAUUGGACAGCAUUAAGGUUGAAAGUUUAUAUCCUGCUGAAAUGGGACCUAAUUCAAUGAGCGUGGAAGAAUUUCUCGCUAAUGGUGUUCCACAACUUGACGACCAUCUUGCAGAAAGAGUUGAUAAAGCUUCUAUUCGUGGGAAUGUGCUUCGUUAUGUCUGUGUGAUUGAGGGCUCUAGGUGUGAAGUUGGAGUUCAGGAACUUCCCAAAAACUCCGCCUUGGGAAGACUGAGAGGAAGUGACAAUGUGUUGGAGGUGUAUAGCAGGUGUUACAGCAAACAGCCAUUGGUCAUCCAAGGUGCUGGAGCUGGCAACGACACCACAGCAGCCGGUGUCCUUGCUGAUAUUCUCGACCUUCAGGAUCUAUUUACUUGAUCAAAAACAUCCCUUUUAAUUACUGAUUAGUACGGGUGAUAUCACUUGCGGUAACACCAAGUUGGAGUUUCCAGGAAAUGGCAAAUUACAUGGCUUUUGAGGUACUACCGCAUAGAAUAAGAGUAGUCGGGGAAGAAUGACUUAGGAGCAUUUUAUUUAAUCCAAUGUAAUCAUUUAUGGUCUGUUCGGUAUCAUUGCCAGUUAGCUAAAUUUCGGUUUUGUCAAGUUUCUAAAGUUUUAGAUUGUAUAACCAACUUAAAAUUAGUAUACAUGUACUUAUGAAAGAAUCACACAUUAUUUCCAAUAACGAAAAUUUUUGUGAAAGACGGUCUCUUUAAGAGACUAUCAAUUUGGGCCGAUCCAUACGUAUUUUUUAAAAUAUUGUAACUAGACAUUAAAAAUAAUGUAAGUAGACAUUUAAGAUAUUGAAAGUAGGCAUUAAGAAUACAAUAAGUAAGCAUUAAAAAUAUGAUAAGUAGGUAUUAAUCUUUAAUGAGCUGGAUUUGAGAUACGUC